GGCGGAUUGAAAAAGUUGUGAAUGUUUUGGUUUUUACGUCUGUUGUGCACUGUAGUAAUCGUAACGAGAAGUAUGCUGUGGUUUUGCGUCAAACUGUCAAAAAUUAAUACUGGACAUCAAAUGGCUUCGCCGAUAAUUCAUUUAUGUCAUAACUUAAGGUUAUUCCAUGGUGUGAUCAACGAUCGUGUUUAUAUGAUCCACAUUGCUUGCCGUCAAGUGAAUGCUUUCAUCUGUAGAUCAUCUUCUACGUUGUACACGCCGGUCAGCAAAGGAGAGAGGGUGCCCUUUAUCAGUCGACCAGACAUUGAUAUCAGCGGUAUUAUGAAUAAUAUCGAUUUAAUGGAAAGGAAUGUGAAAGCCAGGAAUACGUUGAUUGAUUUCAAAGCUUUGGCAUCUCUAUGGAAGGAUAUGCAACAGCACAAGGUUGCAGUUGACCAACUUGAAAUUCAGAAGAAAAAAGUGAAUCAGUUAGUGAAAAAGGUCAAACAGGAAAACUCAACUUCUGAUGAAAUACAACAAAUGAAAGAUGAAAGUAAACGGCUACGAAAUGAAUUGAAAAAAAUUAAAAGUUUAUAUUCUAAUGUAUCUGAAGAAUUAUACAAUAUUGUACUGAAACUCCCAAACUUUACACAUUCUAACACGCCAUCUGGUAUGACUGAACUUAUAACACAUAGAUUUGGUGAUCAGCUAAAAUUACAACCAUGGAUCAAAAACCAUGUGGUUCUGGGAAAAGUCUUGGAUGUCCUGUCCUUUGAACAUUCUCAUGUUCAACCUGGUGUAUGUUAUCUCAAAAAGGAGGCUGCUUUACUUGAGCAAGGUCUGCUGUUUUGGAUGUCUGACAAAUUAAAAGAAAAUAAUUGUUUACAUCUCUGCUGUCCAGAGAUGUUCAAGCCUAUUAUAGUGGAAGGAUGUGGAUUAGAACUGGAGGAUCCAUCACAGGUUUACUCUGUUAUCGCUAGUGAUGAUGUUCUACAUCUUGCUGGAGUCUCCAUUAUGUCAUUGGCUGCUAAUUACAUGAUGGCUGUUUUUGAAUAUGACAGUUUACCGCAUAGGUAUGGUGUACAUUUUCUCGUCAUUGAAAUCGAUUCUGUUGACAUACUGUGCUUUACAUUUGGUCGUAAUUAUGAUCCAUCAAAAGAGAGCAAGACAUUCUCAAGUUUAUGCAGUAUGCAGCAAUCAAGUAUGGUAGCAUCUGUUUAUAACUGCACUGAUUUUAUAAGUCGAAGAUUAAAAUUUAGAUAUCCAUGCAAUCCAUCAGAGUCUGCUGUAAUCAGUCGUAAACGACAUUAUUGUCACACGGUGUUUGGUACAGCAAUGUGUGUUCCAUCUGUUAUAGCUAUUUUGCUAGAAAACUGCCAACAAAAGGAUGGUUCUGUCGUAUUUCCCUCGGCUUUGUGGCCUUAUACAUUUGGGUGCCAGGGAAUUGAUGUCAAGACUCUGGAACAGGAUUGA